GUUCUGAGCGAGAACGGCACGAUCUAGAGGCGCCUGCAAAACUCCCCAAGAAGAAGAAAGCCAGGCUAUCAAUCUUUGAUAGUUUGCUGGGUGUGGACCACGCCUUGGAGUCCAUCACUGGCGGCGGCUUCACUAUGUGGUUUCCUUCAGCAGUGGCUUUGGAGCCGAAGGAACCAAUCUUGAAGAGAAAGACAUUGGUGACUGUGACAGAUAUGGGCUCGGACAUGGCAGCAGGUCUCAGCUUCUUGACUUACCACAUGCAGAUGCGACUGCUCAGCAUAUAUGAUCCACGGCACAAGCUGCACAGAGAGCUACAGAAUGCAGUGCAAGGAGCCUCCUUAGCUUACAGCGUUGGCCUUUUUUCCGAUUUUGUCCUGACAUUCAUGAGAGGUCCUUGGCAAGAGUUCAAAUGGUUCCAGGUGAUACAAGAGGAGACAGAGGAGUUCCUGGCUAUGCUAGACAAGGGUUGUGGUGGGUGCGAGCGCCUGCUCCUGUCAUUGCUGCCGCGGAUUGCAAGGGAAAAGAACCUCCCCAACAUGUCCAUUUCAGACGCCAGAGAUUUGCUUGCUCAGUGCCACUUUCUGAGAUCACGUGGGGGAAGCGGCAAUACAUCCAGGUGGGACGAAUUUCACAGCACAUACAAGACCCUCAAGGGCGAAUUCGCUCUCCUCCUCCUGAUCUUGUUGUCCUACGGGAUAAAGAUGAACUACUUUGGCGCAGAUGACAGCAUCCUGUGCGACCUGCCACUGCGUGAGGUGAAACGACCCCAGACGGAGGAACCAGCCGCAGAAGGCAAAACACUGCAGUCACUGCGUCAGGAGAAGGACCGCCUGUAUGCCCGUUGCCGCAACAAACUCCACGCCACAGCCAUGGUACUACUGAACCUGGAUGUAGUGAGGGAGGCAGCGAUCUGGUUCCAUUGCAGCUUGCCCGUUAGCAACGAGUUGAAUGACUUGCGACGGACUGUCCAGGGAAGGGAAGCCGCCCUUCUCCAUUUCCAGGCCGAGGCUAGAGGCGAAGGAUUUGAGGUGGUGACGGAGAUUAUCAGCAAGCUCACAGACAGCAAUGUUCUGCGAGAGGCAGGCAUUUUGUUGGCUGAAGAUGUUGCGGACAAUGCCUUCCUACAAUCCAUUACGGAAGAUCAUGCUGAAUGCCAGACACAAAACGCGCUCUACCAAAAGAUCGCAACGACAGUGCUUGAACUGUUGAAGUUUAAGCUUCAGAACAUGGGGCACAGUUGCUUUUCAUACCCGCUUCAGUUUGCACGCUUGACAGCUGGAAAUGACGAGAUGGCAGAAUGCAUUUCAGAGAUGCGAUUGGCCUGGGGGGCUUGGAAAGCUGCACGAGGCAAGACCUCGCAGUUCUGGAAAGGCAUGUGCAGGCGAUCGCCUUUUCAGCAGUGCUUGGUGGUGGAGGUUUUUGAAUACCUCGAGGCACAUGAUUGGCACGCACCUUCCGAUUUGAUUCAAUACUUGAAAGACCUAUUCAGCAACUUUGCCAUCACGUGGAAUGAGGAGGCCUUUGGGAGAAUGAGAAGGUCUGAGAGCACCGGCAACAGUAAGCAUUACAUGCCACACUGGGAGGUUUGGGCUUCGGCCUCUGCUGGGGAAGUUCUUGGAACGUACAACUUCAGGGAAGUGAUCCCAGAUUCAACACAGAAUGUACCCAUUUUUCCUGAGAGCCUGUUCCAUACUCACCGGCGACAAGCUUCAGACGACCGCUUGAACGAUGUGACUGACACACAGACCUGGCCUUCAUUGACUUGGCAAAGCUCCUGCGCCAUCCCAUGCGAGCUUCAGAUGAUGGUCCGAGCAUUCCAAGCCAACAGUUUCGAUGACAUGCACCAUACCUGUAGGACUCAGUUUCUUCGUGCAGGGUUGCUGGUGGAAAUGCCUGGCUCUAGAAAGGUUUACGUGUCCCUGGGCCCUUGGCCAAGUUGUGCGGGGACCUUGCUGCUUCCGUGCGAACAAGUUGAAUGCCAAGGUGGUGUGUUUUGGCGCAUUUGCUUGCCAUUGACACGCCGGGCUGUCGAAUGGGCAUCAGUGUUUUCAUUUUCAGACUGGAAUGUUCUGGACUGCGCAAUUCUCAGCCCUUUGCAAGUUGCAUGUUUGCAGCGUGGUCGGGUGCCAGGGCGCCUUCAGGUGCCAGAUCUUCCAGGCCCCUGGGUCGAAAAGUCGCCACGCAAGACCCCACUUUUGCGCUUUGCUGCGCAGAAUGCUUUUUGGGACCUGGGAUAUGAUCCAUUGGCACGGCUUUUGAAGGCAGAGUGGCAAGAAGAAGUUCGAGGGUCGUCGGAGGUUGAAGCUUUGGGGCCAGCAAUUCACACUUGCAUCCAGAAAUCCUUGCCUGACCAGACGUCCGAAGCGGUGGCAGACAUCAUGGAGUCCAACCUGCAUUACAGGUACACACAUAACGAAGAGCUGCUGGAGAUUUUGACAUCCGAGGAGGUUCGAGAUGUUUUCUCCAAGGAGGAUGCUGAGCUUGCUAGCGACUUGAAAGAGAAGAUCGGGCGAGAGCAGGCCAAUGCAGCGUCAGUUUGCGCUCAGAUCCGCAAGACCCGCACCAAGGCGAAGGCCAGCGCCAAGGCCAAGAGCAAGAAGAAGAAGCCUGAGAAGAGAAAGCCCAUUUCGUUUGAUAGCAAGGGCACUUGGACCGCUGAGGAGUUUCAGGCGUUGCUUCCGGAGUCCUUCCGGGCGUACAAAGACGGGUUCAACAAGUGCUGGCGAGCAUACCAUGCCAGAUCGAAGUUCUCGGUCAGCAGAUCUUGGGGGUACAGUGGACAGGACGGCCCUUGCAUCAAGUGCUGUGUGGUGAAAUGCUGGCAGCAUUACAGC